GUUGUGCAUGAAGGAAUAAAAUGGUUAAGACAAACUGUACAAUAAUUUCAAAUUUUAUUUUUCUGGGAUUUACCCACUACUCCAAAGUUGAGAUCAUCAUAUUUGUGCUGUGGCUGCUGAUGUUCCUGAUCACCUUGCUGGGCAAUAUUAUUCUGAUCUCCGUCAGCAUCCUGGACUCCCACUUGCACACCCCCAUGUACUUUUUCCUCAGUAACCUCUCCUUUCUGGACAUCUGGUACACCUCUUCUGCUCUCACUCCAAUGGUGGCAAACUUUGUUGCAGGGGAAAACAGCAUCUCAUUCUCAGGAUGUGCUGCUCAGAUGUACUUCUCUCUUGCCAUGGGCUCCACCGAGUGUGUGCUCCUGUCCAUGAUGGCGUAUGACCAGUAUGUAGCCAUCUGCAACCUCCUGAGAUAUCCCAUCAUCAUGAACAGGAGGGUUUGUGCACACAUUGCAGCUGGCUCCUGGGUGACAGGCUGCCUCACCGCUCUGGUAGAAACAAUGUCUGUGCUACAGUUGUCUCUCUGUAGUAAUAACAUCAUCAAUCAUUUCACUUGUGAAAUUCUGGCUGUCUUGAAAUUAGUUUGUGUAGGUACCUCCAUGGUAGAAUUCCUUAUGCUGGUGAUUAGCAUACUACUCCUUCCUAUGCCAGUGCUCCUCAUUUAUAUCUCGUAUGCCUUCAUCCUCUCCAACAUUCUGAGAAUCAGCUCAGUGGAUGGACACAGCAAAGCCUUUUCAACAUGUGCAGACCACCUGACUGUGGUAGUUUUGUUCUAUGGGACAGCUCUCUCUGUAUACCUGAAGCCCUCAGCAGUAGAUUCACAGGAGAUAGAUAAAUUUAUGGCUUUACUCUAUAUGGUUUUGACCCCCAUGUUGAAUCCAAUCAUUUAUAGUCUAAGGAAUAAAGAGGUAAAAACAGCUGUGAAAAGAUUGUUGGUUAGAAACCCUCUUUGUGCUCUCUUUAUUCCCAGCAGCAAAUAA